CUGUACUGCAACAUAUCCCUGCGCCACUCCCUCACUUGGCUUCGCAUUUGAAGCAUAUAAAUCACUCUUUAACUUGAUCUCUCUUUAGUACACUUUCUUCCUCUCCCACCCUAACUCUCUGGUAUUUACAUCCAACUUUUUUCCUCCAAUGGAGUUGGAAAGUAUCCUUUAUUUCAUUGAGAACAAGAACAUUUUAGUCACUGGCGCCACUGGCUUUCUAGCAAAGAUUUUUGUAGAGAAGAUACUGAGGGUGCAACCAAAUGUUAAGAAGCUCUACCUUCUUCUUAGAGCUCCUGAUACAAAAUCAGCUACUGAGCGUUUGAAUAAUGAGAUAAUUGGGAAGGAUCUUUUUAGAGUGUUGAAGGAAAAAUGGGGAGCAGGUAUGAACUCAAUCAUCUCAGAAAAGCUGACUGUGGUGCCUGGAGACAUUUCUCGUGAGGAUUUGGGCUUGAAUGAUUCUAGCUUGAGGGAAGAGAUGCUGAGUCAUAUAGAUGUCAUUGUGAACUUAGCUGCAACUACCAACUUUGAUGAAAGAUAUGAUAUUGCACUUGCCCUCAAUACUUUGGGAGCAAUGCAUGUAUUGAACUUUGCUAAACAAUGUAAUACAUUAAAGGUGCUGGUCCACGUGUCCACAGCUUAUGUUUGCGGCGAAAAGGAGGGGCUUUUAUUAGAAAACGCAUACCGCAUGGGUGAGACACUCAAUGGGACCACAGGGCUAGACAUCGACAAUGAAAUCAGGCUGGUCCAGGAAGAACUGAAAGAGCUCCGCGCGGAGGGGGCAUCAGAACAAGCAAUCACUCUGGCCCUCAAAGAUUUUGGACUCAAAAGAGCAAUUGUAUAUGGAUGGCCAAACACCUACGUGUUUACCAAGGCAAUGGGAGAGAUGCUAAUAGGAGACCUAAAAGAAAAUCUACCUGUGGUCAUUAUUCGCCCUACCAUCAUCUCCAGUACUUACAAAGAGCCUUUUCCUGGUUGGGUUGAAGGAAUCAGAACCAUUGAUAGCAUUGCAGUUGGCUAUGGUAAAGGAAAAUUAACAUUCUUUCUCUGCGAUAUUGAUGCAAUUGUUGAUGUGAUACCAGCUGACAUGGUUGUGAAUGCAAUACUUGCUGCAAUGGCAGCCCAUGCAAAUCAACCUGGUGAAGUAAUUUAUCAAGUAGGAUCGUCUAUGAGAAAUCCUUUAAGAUAUAGUAAUCUUCACGAUUAUGGAUUCCGUUUCUUCACCAAGAAACCAUGGAUUAAUAAAGAUGGGACGCCAGUCAAGGUUGGUAAGGUUACAGUUAUGGGUAGCAUGGCUAGCUUUCACAGAUACAUGACUGUCCGUUACUUACUGUUCCUGAAGGGAUUGGAGGUGGUUAAUACAGCAUUUUGCCAGUACUUCAAGGGCACCUACGUGGAUCUCAGUAGAAAAAUCAAAUUUGUGAUGAGGCUGGUGGAGCUUUACAAACCAUACUUGUUCUUCAAAGGAGUCUUCGAUGAUAUGAACACAGAGAAGCUGCAAAUGGCAGUUAGAGAAAACACCACAGAGGCAGAUAUAUUUUACUUUGAUCCAAAGUGCAUAAAUUGGGACGACUACAUAAUGAAUGUCCAUCUUCCUGGGGUUGUGAAAUACGUCUUCAAAUGAUUACCCAAAUUGGGAUAUAAGCAUGUUUUGUUUCCUUUCGUUAUGUAUUUAUGUAAUGUAUUUUGGAAUUGGGAAGACUCUAGCAAGUGUAUUUACUCGAGGCUGUAUGCUGUGGCUCCGAAUAUGCAUAUUAUAGUAUACUUCAAUCAAGUGUACGAAUUAUGAUACAGGAUUAUUGUUAUUUUGUUUUAAUAAACAUUGGUGUGAAAAGUUGUUGUCGCCAAUGUAAUAUGAUAUAUGAAAGUGUCAACUUCUUUAA